GCGCUUCCGUUCGCGUCCCCGAGGCCAAGUAAAACUAAGUUGUGGCACUUAGAUCCUGUUGAGAUUGAGGUCGGUGACUGGUUGCAGUUGUGCCUUUUCAUUUCAGAGGCGAUCGGGAAGAAGACAGAACCCAGGCCCUCACACAACCAAAGCAUGUGCUCUGCUGCUGAGUUACAUCCCUACCCCUGGAAUCCUUCUCUCUAAUCUAUAUUGUGAAGUCCUGGCAAUAUUUUGCACACCCUCUUACACGCGAUCCCCUUCCUCCUUCCCCCCCUUCAAGAUACAGCAUUUUGGGACCAUUGAAGAGUUAAGACAAAUGAGUAUCCCCAAGGGACUCGGCUACCUGACUAUUAUGGCACCAAGAAAUUUAUUAUGUAUAAGAAGUAACUUUCUCUUUGAUUCAAGAAGUUGGAUGGCCCAAUUUCCAGCAGAAAUUCUCUUCAGAUCAGUUUCACUUAGGUUUUUUGGUGUGAAGUGUGAUGAUGCAGACAGUGAGCCCUUGGAAAAUAAAAAACUAUUGGAUAAUUUACUUACUAUGGGAGUGGAUGUGGACAUGGCAAAGAAACGACAACCUGGAGUCUUUCAUAAGAAGGGUACCAAUGAGCAAGACCUGGAGAUGUUUCUUCUGUCCAAAGGAGCCAGCAAAGUAAUUAUUGCUAGCAUCAUAUCAAGAUAUCCAAGAGCGGUGACUCGCAACCUUGAUAGUCUUUCUAAACGAUGGGAUCUUUGGAGAAGAAUUAUAAAAACAGACCUUGGAAUUGUAAAUAUUUUGGAACGUUCUCCUGAAUCUUUUUUUCGAUCGAAUAACAACUUAGACCUAGAAAAGAAUAUAGAGUUUCUCUACUCGGUUGGAUUAACCCAAAAAUGCCUUUGUCGAUUGUUGACCAAUGCCCCACGUACCUUCUCCAACACUCUUAACCUGAAUAAACAAAUGAUCAAACUUUUACAAGAAGUCUCUAUGUCCUUGGGUAACAAUGAUCCUGUGGAAUUUGUUAAAAAUAUAAUUUUUAAAAAUCCAUUUAUCUUAAUUCAGAGCACCAAACGAGUAAAAACUAACAUUGAGUUUUUGCAGUCAACUUUCAACUUGAACAAUGAAGAGCUGCUUGUUCUUAUAUGUGGUCCAGCAGCUGAAAUUCUAGACCUUUCCAAUGACUAUGUCAAAAGAAACUACACAAAUAUCAAAGAGAAGCUGUUUUCUCUUGAUUGUACAGAGGAAAUGGUCCAUAAGUUUGUCUUAAGUUAUCCAGAUAUGAUAUUCUUGGGAGAGAAAAAGUUUAAUGAUAAAAUAGACUUUCUCAUAGAAAAAGAAAUCAGCAUUUCGCAAAUAAUUGACAGUCCUCGGAUUUUGGAUUCAAGUUUAAAUACUUUAAAAAGUCGAAUAAAAGAAUUGAUAGAUGCUGGCUAUAACUUGAGUUCAUCAAAUCUUUCUCUUCUGUCGUGGAGUCAAAAAAGAUAUAAAGCUAAAUUGAAAAAGUUAAACAUUGAAUAGAGCAUUGUUCUCAAGAUUUUAAAAAGUGAGUCCUUGCAUUGAUAAAGAACUGAGAUUGUCCUUUUUCUGGAACCACAUAACCUUUAGUUGGAGAACUUGAUAAAGGCAUCAGUGAUUGUGCUUGGACAAACCUUGUUCUUUUUUUUUCCCUUCAAAUAUCUCAGGACAUCAGGGGUACUGCAAACCAGGAGAAUCUGUCAACUGAAGAUGCUUCAACUAUAUCUAGAAUUCUUCACUGGCGUUCCUAGAACUCUGGAUUAAAGGUCUAACUUGCUUCCAAUUUUAAACUUGUUUGGCUUCUUCAAAUUGUGUCAUUACUUACACAAUAUAAAUCUGACUUUGGGACCCCUCUGCAGUACUGCAUCACAAGUUGGACUGAACUGAACUGAUUAGCUCUCAAGAUGGAGAGACUGGGUUUGUAAAAUAAUUACUAAACCAGCAUCUGGUUCUAAAAGUAGAAUUGUAGAGGAGCAAAAGUCUGCUGCUCCCAAAUUCUGUUUUUGUAAAAGGAAUUUACAAAAACAGAAUUUGUUUUUGUAACAAAUUACAAAAGGCCUCCUCCUCCUUAAGGCCUCCUCCCAGGCAUGACCUAAUGAAUGGAGAAGGCAGAAUUUAGUUUUACUUUGCUUUUUUAGUAAACUUCCUAACUUACCUGACUUUCCCAAAGUUUUCUGUUAACUAAGCUAUUUCAAUAUGGUACCUAAUAAAUUUAUCAUUUUUCUCUUAAA